AUGAAAACUUAUACCACAAUAUUGCUUGGAAAUAAUGAAAUAGGUAAAACUGUUCUAAUGAAUACCUUUGAAAAUAAGAAAUAUUGUCCUCUAUUAUUCUCUAAAAUUUCAUUCAAGUAUAGAAUUAUGAAUAGAUUUAAAGAUGAAGAAUAUGUGAUUUAUGAUAGUAAUGGAAGUUGUCAAUAUGAUGAUAUUAGAAACAUUUUCUUUGAAUCAGUUAAUUAUUUUGUUAUUUGUUAUUCAGUUUAUAAUAAAGAAUCAUUUAUUGCUGUCACUCAACGAUGGAUUUCAUAUGUGUACAGCAAUGUUGAACAUAUUCCUAUUAUUUAUGUUAUUGGACUUAAAAAUGAAAUGGUAAAUUAUCCAGUUGAAGUAUCUGUGGAUGAUCAGAUAAAAUUGAAAGCCCAACCAUGUAUUAAGGAAGUUUUUGAGUGUGACACAUCUAAACCAAAUGAUAUAGAAUUAGUAUUUAAUUUGAUGUCUUCUCUGUUUGUAGAUUCACAUAAAACUGUUUGUGAAACAAAGUCUCUUUCAACAUUAGAGAAAAUUUCUUAUAGAACAAAAAUAUUUAAACGCUCAUUGUUUAAGUGA